AUGUUAACUUAUGGUGAUAGCGGGACUACAUCAACUUUAAAAAGGCACUUGCUUAUAUGCAAGCCACAUAAAGAUUAUGAAGAAAAGCAGAAUUUAUUGAAUUUUCCACUUAUUAAGUCUAAUGGAGAUGCAAGACAUGAGAAGCUUCAUUCAUUGAUCAGGCCUGAUGCAAAAUUGCAAAAACAUGUCCUGAGUUUUGUACAUGUUCCUCCUCCUCGUACCAGACUUGAUAUUGUUGAUGGUAUUUAUAAAUGUUUGAAGCAUUGGGAAAUUGAGGACAAGAUAUUCACGAUAUUUGUAGACAAUUCUGCAUACAUUGAUAGGGCGUUGCAAAGACUGAAAGAAAUUUUUUCUAGAGUGAGAAAACUCACGUAUGGUGGGAGAUUUGCGGAGCACGAGUCACAUUUCCAUCACCUUCCUAACGAAGAGGAGUGGGCACAUGUGGAGAACGUAUGUGAAAUCUUUAAGGUUUUCAAGGUAUGCACAAAUGUCAUUUUUGGAAGUGAUUAUCCAACAUCCAAUCUGUAUUUGAUUGAGGUGUUUAGACUAAAAGAAACUUUGGAUAAAGUUGCUCUAUCAAAAAAUGAUUUCAUUAGGACUAUGUUCACUAAGACGAAGGAGAAGUUUGACAAAUAUUGGGGGGAGUGUCAUCUUGUUAUGGCUUUUGCUUCAGUGUUAGAUCCAAGAUUCAAAAUGAAGUUAGUAGAAUUUAGUUUCCCAACCAUAUACUCUAAUCUCGGAAAGAACAUUGAAGAAGUGAAGAUAGCACUUUAUGAAAUGUACGAGGAGUAUUUGGAAAUACAUGAUGCAUCAGUUCGAGAAGCUACAACGCCUGCAAAUGGAUGUGGAGGACAUGCUGUUUCAAAAACAACAUCACUCGGGUUAGGAUGGGAGGCUUUUGGGGAGUUUAUAAAAAAUAUCGUUUUAGAGAGACCAGAAAAUAUAUGUAUUUGGAAGAAGGUGUUUAGAGGGACCAGGGACAAAAAGGAUCAAAUUCAUUCAAGGCUUUGAUUGGUGGAAUGUUCACAAACUGAAGUAUCGUGUUUUAUCGAAGAUGGCUAUGGAUGUGCUUGCGAUCCUGGUUUUUUCUGUUGCAUCUGAGGCAACAUUUAAUGUUGGGGGUAGAGUAAUUGAUCCAUACCGAUCUUCAUUGGCACCGGACAGUGUUCAAAAGUUGAUUUGUUGAAUAGAUUGGAUUAGACAUCGUUAUGGAUUCAAGAAAAAAAUUGAUGGUACAUUUGAUAAUCUUGUUGGUUUACUUAUAUUAUAUUGUACAUCUCAUAAAGUGUUUUAAUUUGCAAAUUUUGCUAGAUUGAAUUUGCUUCGAGGAAGACUGGCUUUGAAGUUUUGAUAAUAUGUUAUGUUAAAAUUUAAUCAUUUUUAUAGUACUUUUGUAAUUUGAACUUCCAUGAUAGGAAGACUUUCUUUUGGAUGAUUUAAUUACAUUUUAGGUUGUAUUUUGGUGUUUAAAACUUAUGUAAUUUGAAGAUUUUAUUUUUGCAUCUUGGUUGGAAUUUAAGUAGGUUGCACCUUGCUAAAAAUCAAGUAAAUUCGUGCUUCUUUUUUUUUCCUGG